AAGUGUGGAUUGUGCUGAAAGUUAGCUCACAAUCAGUACCACCAAAAAAUGCCUCUAAAAAAAGCCUCGAAAUUUUCUAAAUGUUAUAAUAUUCAAUAUCGUGAAGUUUUUGAGUUUUCAGGACUUUUCGGUUUCUUUUGAAUUUUUACUCAUUAGGCUCAGAAGGCUGUGAAAUAAUGGCUGUGAGCGAUCCAUUCACGGUUCGCAGCCCACGAGAAGCAAGAUCGGAGACAUCUCAUCACUACGCUGUGCUGGGUGAAUUCGCCGAAAUAUGCCGAGAUCCUGUCAGCGGGGUAAUGAUCGUUCCAUCCGGAAGUGUACCUUACCGAUGGCAUGGAACACUGGGGAUGAUUGGAGGAUUGUAUGACGGUGGAUUCUUCCAGUUCCAACUGAACUUUUCCUUGCAUAACUCAGCGUCGCCACAGGUUAUAUUUUGGCCACCUCCGUUCCAUCCACUGGUCGAUCCAAGGAGUGGAGAAUUCGAUUUUUCCUUAAAAUUUCCUCUUUGGCAAAAAGAAAAUCGAAUUCGCGAUAUCCUGCUUUAUUUGAAAGAGCAAUUUACUGAACCCAGUGUCGAUGGGAGGAAAAACCUGGAAGCUGCGUGUUUGCUGGAACAGAGUCGCAGCGAUUACAAAGCACAUGCAAGAUUGAACAUCAAGGAUAUUUUCCAGGAAUUGUGCAGUGAAUCAAGUAGUUCACCAUCAUCGGAACUCUCUUUUGGGCCCUGCAUGCCAGAACUCUUGGAGCCUCAGUUGAAGCAGAUACUGGAAACCGGAGACAAGAUAUGCAGUAAAAGACAGCUUCCGAAAAUUUGGUGACCGGCUGUCAUGCCUUGCUAGGUAUUAUUUUGGCUAGUGUUGUUUACUAUUGUCAACUUUUCAUUUGCACAUGACCUCACCGGGUGAUAAUGUAUAAAUUUUGGUAUGUAAUUGUCUCUUUCUUGAUAUAAGUUUGAACCGAAUAGUUGCUCAAGGAACACCAAAUACUAAUGCUAGUUGAUUUGCUAGUUUUGUAACUUUUAUUGAUUGUUCUACGAUGUUUGACAAUUCGCUUUUCCACAAAAAGAGUGAUUUAACU